CUUACAGUUACACUUUGCCCGUUUUGCUGCCGCACCGCACGUGCGAAGUCUUUGCCGGGUUCACGUGUUGUAUCGGAGUGCAACAUCGAUAAGAAAUCCGCCACGAGGGAAGUCGUGCCGUUACGUCAGUGCAAUACAAUAAUGUCGUACUCUCUCUCAGUCAGAGCAGUCUGCGCGGAACCCUACCUCGGGCCGAGCCUUGCCCAGGUUUGUCCAGGAUCGCAGUUCUUGACCUUUAUGACGCUCUUGGAUGCACUUGUACGGUCCCAAGAAAGUAUAUCUCAAACAUGCGAGCGUAUAAAGCCAGUGAAUCCGCCUGAAUACUAUUACGACUUUAUUGUUGUAGGCGGAGGAUCAGCCGGUGCCGUGGUGGCGUCUAGACUGAGCGACAUACCCGAAUGGAAAGUUUUGUUGCUAGAAGCCGGCCCGGACGAGCCACCGGGUGCCGACAUUCCCAGUAUGGUGGCAAUGUUUCUGGGAACUGACAUUGACUGGCAGUAUCAAACCACGAACGAGAUGAACGCUUGUCUGUCAACUGGGGGAUCCUGCAGUUGGCCGCGCGGUAAAAAUCUCGGCGGAACGUCCGUCCACAACGGUAUGAUGUAUAAGCGAGGUCACGCGAAAGAUUUUGACAAUUGGGAGGCCAUGGGAAAUCCAGGAUGGGGUUGGCGCGACGUAUUGCCUCAUUUCAUGUGCUCCGAAAACAACACGGAGAUCAAUCGAGUGGGUCGCAAAUAUCAUUCGACCGGCGGUUUGUUAACCGUCGAACGGUUUCCAUGGAAACCUGCAAUCGUCGAUGACAUCCUCGCGGCGGCGGUCGAAAGAGGAUAUUCGAUUAGCGAGGAUCUGAACGGCGACCAAAUUACAGGAUUCUCUGUAGCACAAACCACAAGUAAAAAUGGCGUUCGAGUGAGUAGCGCCGGAGCGUUUCUACGACCAGUUCGGGAACGACGUAAUUUACAAAUCGCUCUAAACGCCACCGCUACGAAGAUUAUCAUCGAAAAUCAAAAGGCUGUGGGAAUUCAAUUUUAUCAAAAUGGUGAACUUCGAGUUGCCCGUGCCACAAAGGAGGUAAUCGCCUCCGGUGGUGCCGUAAAUUCGCCUCAACUGUUGCUGCUCUCCGGAAUCGGGCCGAAGGAACAUCUACGGGCGGUGAACGUCACGGUUGUCAAGGAUCUUCCAGGUGUCGGAGAGAAUCUGCAUAAUCACGUGUCGCACACUUUAUCAUGGACUAUCAAUCAACCGAAUCUGUAUGACCUGAAUUGGGCGGCUGCCACGGAAUAUAUCGCCUUUCAUAAAGGACCGAUGGCGUCGACGGGUUUGUCACAAUUGACGGGGAUGCUGCCGUCGCUUUACACGACUCCGGAUCAUCCCGACAUCCAACUGUUCUUCGGCGGUUAUCAGGCAGCCUGCGCGACCACCGGUGAAGUCGGCGCCCUCAUGAACGAUAACGGUCGUAGCAUCAGCAUAUCGCCAACGAUGACACAACCGCGUAGCAAAGGCAAUCUUCGUCUCGCGAGUAACGACCCCCUCGCGAAGCCGAUCAUUUGGGGAAAUUAUCUAAGCGAUCCGAUGGACAUGGAGAUUCUCAUCCAAGGUAUCGAGAUUGCGUUGUCUCUCGCCAACAGCAGUGCCAUGGCCAAGUAUAACAUGACUCUAAACAUCAACCCAUUACCGGCGUGUUCCGUAUAUACGCCCUUAAGCAAGGAUUACUGGGCCUGCGUCGUGCGUCAGGAUACCGGACCGGAGAAUCAUCAGGCGGGAUCUUGCAAGAUGGGACCGCCACACGAUCCCAUGGCCGUGGUCGAUAAUCGAUUGAGAGUUUACGGCAUCAGAAAUCUCCGCGUGGCCGAUGCAUCCAUUAUGCCGCAGGUAACGUCCAGCAAUACGGCAGCACCGUCCAUGAUGAUCGGCGAAAAGGCGGCCGCGUAUAUCAAGUCCGAUUGGGGCGUUGGCGGUACACAAUGGUACGGGAAAGCAUCUCCUAGCCCGUUAUGGAAAAACAGCCAUUACAACCAUUGGAAGAAUCAUUAGUCACCAGCAAUUUCCCAUGUUUCCAUAGUUCUCGUACGACUAUCGACAGUUCACUGGACCUAUUACUUUGGGGCAUCAAGUAUAUCGACUGGGAUCAGGCUAUAUGGUGACCGGGAAUCCACGAUCUAUCUAGUCUCUUAUGAGCCAUUUACCGCAGCACCUCGGCAUGAGCGCGACCGAGGACCCUCCGUAAGAUUCGAAAUUACAUCACAAUGUACAAUUAUUGUUACUGAUAGGGAAAGAGAGAGAGAA